AUGCCAAAAUGGCUGUUUCGGCGCCUCAAAUUUCUGACCGCUGAUUCGGCCACCAUCGUCUGUUCGCCAACACAAUUCCUGGAAAAGCUAAAAGAAGUAAGUAUCUUGUCAAAUGAGGUCAUGAUAUCUUUUGGUGUCACGUCCCUCUUUACAUCUAUCCCCCAGAAUCUGGCAAUCGAGGCCGUCGAGCUGCUACUACAAAGCAAAUACGAUGAAACGGAGAAUCGUCUCGGACAUGCCCAAUUCCUUCAGCUCCUUAAUUUCUUUCUCAGGAAGUACUUCACGUUUGACGGAACAGUCUACGAGCAGGUGAAGGGAACACCAAUGGGCUCGCCGAUUUUGGGGUUCAUCGCCGAGGUGGCCCUACAGCGGUUAGAGUCGCUGGUCUUUCAACACCACAGACCAAAAUUCUGGGCUCGGUAUGUGAACGAUACCUUUGUCGUCAUCGAACGGAAUCAUGUGCUAAAAUUCAAAGAACGUCUCAACAACGUCUUCCCAAACAUGCAAUUUACGAUGGAAGAGUAAAGGUAACCAGCUGGCAUUCCUUGAUGUUCCCGUCUGUCACAAAGUUUAUGCUGACCUGAAGACCAAAGUAUUCAGGAAAACGGAAAACACGCGCAUAUACUGAAUAUCAACAGCAACAACGUAAUCGGCCACAAACGCAGUUGCGGAAGAACGCUACAUCGGCGUGUUGAGACGCAUUGCAGUGAACCGGCAGAUAGGGUUGCCGAAUUCCAAUAUCUUCGACGGAUUUUCGGAGAAAAUGGUUACCCGCGCAACUUCGUCAACCGGUGCAUGCGCAAACGAGACGAACGACAAAAUCGUGCCGACCCCAAAUUCUGGCAAGCGAUCCCGUACAUCAAGAACGUCUCCGCGGCCGUUAGUCGCCAUCUUGCACCACUUGGGGUUAGAGUUGCUCACAGACUGGAGGCCACCAUCUGGCGUCAGGUGAUGAGACCAAAAGACCCACUGCCACGGCAAAAAACGUCUGGAGUCGUUUACCGGAUCACGUGCAGUUGCGGACAAAACAACUACGCCAGAGAGACUGGAAGACUGCCCCGGACGCGAAUCUCCGAACACGCGGCAGCAAAGCGGAGAAACGACGUUAACUCUCAGGUCGCGGCCCAUUCGACGAGAUCCAGCCACAUAUUCAAGUUCGAUGAGGCCUCGAGUUGCUUGAGUCAGGGUUCACUGGACCUCAGUAUAUCAAGAAGUGUAACUACAUCCCCACUCCAUAUUCCCUACUGAGGCAUAGGCUGGCCAAGGUAAUUGACAACUCGGGGAGCGCGCAAGCCAGUGAACCAAAUGGCCGAGCAAUCAUCACGCCAGCAUCCAACACGGACGAUAAGAUUUCAGCAAUUAACAACUUGCAUGCCGACCAUCAAGCCAUUAGCGCACCAGCGGGCAACAUUCGUUGAUGAAGGGGAGCGAGGCUAAUUGCUAUAGGUAUGCGGUAGCAUAGCGACUGCAUCCUAUAAAUACUGCAACUUCCUGUGCACGAGUCACUCUUUUCUGCCACUGUCUCUGAUGAUGGGUUGGAGCAAGAAUCUGAAACGUCAGACGAAUAAGGCUGUUGUUCCAGCGACCGCUUCUGCUUCUUAUCAACUACUUCCCGGAACUCACAUCUCCCGUUGUAUUGACAAGUUUUUAAUUUGUCGGUAAUUAUUACAUGGACACCAGUUCACGAGAAACUUUUUGCACAACAUGUGCAGAGGAGUGGCCCAUGAACUAUAAGAGGGCCGGGGCAUGCCAAGCUCCAUCAUAUGGCUGAAUCCGACCCUGGCGAUAGCCAAUUUUUCAGCCACUAAACGACAAGGACGUCUAAAAACGAGUGGCUCUGUAGUCGAAAUAUGAUGCAUGACGGAAUGUUUAAUGGGCGCGUUAAACUGUGGAGGCCGACUAACAGGCGACAAUUCUGAAAGAAAAUAAUCAAAGAGAAUGGACAAUGGAAGUACUGAAGUGCAUGGACCAGGGUAUGUAGUGGUACAAUUUGAACGAUUAGAAUAUAAGGAUGUCAUCGUGUCAAAACGUUUAUGGGACCCGGUAUCAACGAGGAGACCGAAAAACAAUAUAAAAUCAGCACUGAGAAUGGCGGCAUGAACAUCAUCAAUAAUAAAUAUCCACCGGAAAGGACUUUGUAACCCAAGGCCUAAAGUCAGGAAGAGUUGACUAAAUAUUUUACUGGGUGUACUAUUGGCUGCUUGAAAAAAAUUAAGGAGUUUGGUGAAUUACGAUCAGUCAGCGAAGACGGUAUUAGACUGAUGUCAGCACCAGUGUCUACAAGGAAAUUAUAGCAGGAACCCUUGUCGAGACUGUGAAUCAGGCGACUUGGGGAGGUUGAACUGACCAAGUUCGCCGUCGUUACCGACCGGCAGGUACAUCUUCCGCCGAAAAUUUCUCGCAACGACAAUGGGAUUGACAAUGAUGGGCAUUUAACCCAUAGGUGUGAUGGGAGCAGCAGGAACUAUCAGAGGUGGACGGGGCUGACACUGCAGUGGGAUACCUCAGACGGCGGGUAGUGGACGGACUAUGACGGCAAGAGACACGCGAAGCACGCAGCUGGAAAACUUCAAGUAUGAGGAGGUCUUGACGUUCCAUGACAUUCUCGCUUUAAGGCGCAGUUGGCGCAGCCGUGAUACGACCAGCAACAUUUACUAUAACGGCAGGUCGGUAGUACUCGAGGAUGCCGUCAGCAGGUCCCGCGAGCCUGUUGAUGAAGAAAGAAUGUAAGGCGCAAGGAUAGCUUGGACGAAAGAGGGCUGCCAUUGGAGGAGAAGCUGCUGGAAUAUGGUGGCAUCAGGAUUUUGGCCGUCCGUCUGCCGCUCCAAACGCGUAAGAAACUGCGUAGGCUUUCCGUUACCAAGGUCCUCCUCGGAAAUCAAGCACUGUAGACGCUUUUGCAUUGAUAGGGGAAUGCAGAUGUGAGCCUCCGUCAGAGCAGUAUAUGGGGUUUCUGUGGACGGACAGCACAUAAUGUUGCGAAGGUCCGUGAUAAUAUCCAUUUGCAAUGUUGCCGCAGUGUGGUAAAAUUUCGUAUCCUCUUUUGUAAUCUGGAGGCCUGACGAUGAAUUAUUUUUUAAAGUUGUGUCAAAGUUUUUACAGGCCGUAUUUUUGGUUCAUUAAAACAAAAAGGCUUUUUAUGUCACUACACGUCCUUUGAUCGAGGCAUCCUCACCUUUGAUUGGAAUGCGACGAAUGCAUAAUACAUUCACAAAGGUGGGUUUAAAAUAAGUGCUAACGGCUGUCGGUCGGUGAGUCCAACCUUCAUCUGUAGAAAAGUUAUUAGAAGGAUCAUAAACAUAACCUACUAUAAUGGUCCUCGAGGAUUAGUAUUUCUUUGACAGCAUUCAACAUGAAUUCCGAGGGAGAAAUGUUUUUGACCAAAUACUCCAUUUGAUGGUGCAGUGAUCCCGCCCGUUAGCGGAAGACACAAGAGUCCACGUCGUUUGCAUCGACUUACAGAGGGCAUUUCAUAGUGCUCUACACUCUCGGUUACUCUACAAGGUCCGUGAGUCCGGCAUAAAGACGAACCUACUAGACUGUUUAGAGAACUUCAUGAUCUGUAGAUCAUAGUCUGUGCGAAUUGGCAGUACGAAAUGAUUGUCAGUGCCAGUUAUGAGUGCGGUAUCUCAGAGCUCUGUGCUCGGACCAUUACUGUUGUUGAUUUAUGUCAAUAUCUGCGUGAAAAGACUCGACUACGGAUGACAUUGAAAUGUGGCGUGCGAUCAAAUGCGAAACUUAUGAAUUGACUGUGCAAGAAGGACUUAACUGCCUACGUGAUUGAUCUGAAAAACGGCUGCUGAGUUUCAACAUUGAAAAAUGUGUCGCACCGCUUCUCGAUACGAAGAAGGAGAGCAGAUGGAGAUGAUCAUCAGUACCUCCUUGACGAAAAGUUCCUGUCAAAAGCGGUCAAAAAAGGGCCCCGAAUAAUCAUUGAGUUAUCUCUGAGGUCCUCCUCUCAAUGCGCCAGGACGACGAAAAGGGCAACUAGUGUAUUCUUUGUCAUUGAAAGAACUUCAUUGGCAUAGGUAUAGACCUGUCUGGAAAUUAAUGCCGGGCCUUUAUUCCCUUGCAGCUGAGGUAUAGAAUCCAGGCGUGGUGCGCCCUGCUAAAAACAUAAUAAAUUGAUCAAAAAGGGUCCAGAGAAUGGCGAUCAAAAUCGUGAAGGGCGUUAAUACUUUAUCUUGCAAACGCAGACUUGGUGUGCAUAACCAGUUUUUUCUUAAGGGCUGCCAGAUCCGAAGAGAUCUAAUGCAAACCUACCGGAUUGUGAGGAAUCGGGACUCUGCCCUGUACGUCGACUACUACUUCUCAUUGAUCACGGGAACAAACCUACGUGGGAACUCCCACAAACUUCGAGGGACCAGAUCUCACCCAGAUGUUCGUAGGUACCCGUUUUCGCAGAGAGUUGUCGGUACCUAGAACGGACUUUUUGAGGACGUAAUAAUCGCAGACCCAACAUACAUUAAAAAACCGGAUGUAUUUUUGUUUUAAAAAUACCGCCCAGAUGGUCAGGAAAGCUCUGUUGCACCAACCAGCGCUUCGCACAUACCUACCGCUUAUGCAUAUGACUAUUAUUCCAUACUUGACACUAUCUUCCACAACUGAGGUUUGCGGUCUCAUAUUUUUGAGAUAAUGUUCUAUUAAAUUAUAUUUUGUUGACAAUAAUUUGUAGCAUGUCCGUUUGAAUUGGAAUAUGGCAUGUGUCGUCUAAGUAGGGUCUUUGUCACACACGCCAAACACCAGAUGUACUUUGUUUAUACCUUCCUGGUAACAUUUUUUUUCUUUUUUAUGCUUUAGGUCUGCCCAAUUGACAGUAACUUCGAUAAGAGUCUGGCCUGUAUUCCAAUUUCGUCAAUCCGCACUUUGCGUGUGUUUUAUUAUCAAUACUAAAUAAAUACUUGCCACCGCUCUUCACGUUAUACGUCAUUGUGUGUGGUGUGAAUUGUCUGUCUCCAUCUCACUUGGAAUAUUACAAACUUGGUGGCAGCGAUGCCCGGCUCGAAAGAUCCCGUUCGGGAACCCACGGUACUGCCUGGCUCACGUCCAAAAAUCACAACGGCGUGCAUCCGUCGCCCUUCACCCUUCCUGAAACCUAUUCUAGUCUCGCCAACAUUUCAAAAACAUACAACACUGUCCUCGGCCAAAGCCUGUUCUAACCCCAUCACCAAAUCAACUCUACCCGACAUCUUCCAUAUUAGCCUUCACUCUCCAUCCGAUAAAACCCCCAAUCCUACGUCAUAGUGACAAUCUAGCCCAAUGGAUCUCUUCAACAGAGCCUUUCUCGGAUUCGGUCCCCGAUACCGUCAGGAAGAAUACGCUUAAAUCCCUUUUUCGUCCCCGAACUUGUAAACAAGGUAGAUGGGCUAGCGCCCUCUCCCUUCUGCUCAUUUAAAGAAUACUUUGGUGCUCUUCAACAGAUAUUUUAUUCGGAGCCAAGUCAAGCCGCGGAAAAACAGCGGUUCUUCAAAAGAACCCAACGGGAAGGCGAGGCUCUGUUGAAUUUCCAUAAAUAAUUAAAACGCCUGUCGUUUCGCGUCUUUCCACCCCACGGCGAAGAACGCCUAACGUUUUUUUGCAUGAUGUCGAGUAUACGCGACAGAGAACUAGCGUUGAUUUUCACCAACCGUCCACCGCCCAACGUCAAGGAGACUCUUGACUUGGACGCGGCUCUAUGCACCAAAUUUCCCUUGGCUCAGGAACCUCAAGCCACCAGAGACCCAACUAGGUAGGGUCACCCUCCCAGCCUUCCAGACCGGUUUACACCCUAACACGCCAAUUUAAGCCGACCUUUCCAACCUCCCAAGUUUCCAGGUCCGCCGAAUAACCCGCACUGUUACAACUGCAACCGCUUCGGCACAGCCGCCAAGAAAUGCGGCCACAAUGCAGGUAACCAUCCCUUCCCCUGGCCGCUUUAUAACCCUCCCCUCUGAUUUUAAGCCAUUGAUAAUCUCGGGCACAGUGGUAAAUAAGAGAGUCAGCAUUCUUAUAGACACGAGCGCAGACGUCUCCCGUAUUCACUUUAGCCUCCUCCGUGGAACGAACUACAAUCAGGCGGAAUUUCAUCAACUACAGAUUCUCACUGCUAACAAUUUCAUCCUCCAGCUUAGCGCCUCCGCAAAGUAUUAGUCUCCAUCAAAGACAAAACUAUCCGACAUUGCUUCCUCUUGACCACCGAACUCAAAUGGAAUGUCAUACUCGGCUGUGAUUUUGUAAAACGGCAUGCGCAAUCCAUUACCUUCCCCCACUUCUCAGUCCCUCAUCAUAAAAGACGACAAGGUAACCGUGGACGGAAACAGUGUCGAAAUUGAUACAUGACCACCUCUCAACCCUUCUUCCAUUGAAGACGUCCUACCGGACAACAUUUAGGCCGAUGAUCGUCGUGCCCUCUACCACGCGUUGGUACCGUUCAGAUCCGUUUUCACGUGGGCAGACCAUGCUGUUGGACGGUCCAACGUAGUUUAACACCGAAUAAACACCGGAUCUGCCCUUCCACAGCACCUCCCUCCCCGACGGAUACCCUUCCACUUUCGGAAAAAAAACUAAAUGAAAUUGUAGAAAACAUGUUCCAACAAGACAUUGUUCAGCCAUCCUCUUCCCCGUGGGCAGUGCCGGUAACUCUGGUCAGAAGGAAGGACAAUUUUCUUCGACUCUGUGUUGACUACAGACGCCCCAACGCGGUCACGGUCACAAAUUCCUUUCCUUUUCCCCGUAUGAAUGGCCUUCUAGCCUCUACGACAAGGAAGAAAUGCUUCUCUGCCCUCGACCUCUCCUCAAUCUACUGGCAAAUCGAAGUACACCCAGAGGAUCGCGCCAAUACCGCCUUUUCCUUGCCCUCAGGACUCUUCGAGUUCACCGCACUACCUAUGGGCUUGGCCAAUACAGCGGUGACCUGUCAAUGCCUCAUAAAGAAAUUACUAAAGAACCCAUGUCCAUCGAAGUGCCUUGCUUUCUUAGACGACGUCAUAAUGUGGGGUACCACGAUAUCAGAACUUCUAGGCAACCUUUCAGAGGUCCUAACGAGGUACCAGGAGGCCGGCAUGACGCUCAAUCCAAGGAAGUGCAAGUUUCUCCACACAUAAAUUCACUUCCUCGGACACAUGGUAAGCAGCGAGGGCCUCAGAACGGAUCCCGACAAGAUCCACGGAGUCAAAGACUGGCCACAACAGGUCAACGGAGAUUAAGUUCGAUCAUUCCUUAGCCCAGUAGGAUACUACAGGGCUUUCAUUCCGUCAUACACUCUCCUUGCCUUCCCCCUCGCGAAACUGACCGAGAAAUCCCAACCAUUUAGGUGGGCGACAGAGUGCGAAAACGUAUUCACCCGCCUCAAAGAAGCCCUUACCGUCGCCCCCGUUCUCAGCCGUGACGGACCCCCAUUUUUCCUAGAUACAGAUGUUAAUAGUCACGCCAUAGGAGGAGUACUGUCGCAGUCCGACACCGAUGGCAGAGAGCCCGUUAUGCAGUACGGCAGCCGUACGCUUGAUAAAUCGGAAAGAGAUUAUAGCGCCACACGGCGCAAGAUGCUAGCUUUGGUUUUUUUCACCAGGAAAUUUGCUGCGUAUCUAACAGGCAAACCGUUCAUCAUCAGGAUGAACCACUCAGCUCUGGAAUGGCUAGAAAAUUUCCAUGGACCAGAAGGACAAGUAGCAAGGUGGCAGAAAAUGUUGGCGGAUUUUGACUUUACCGUUGUACACCGCCCUGGAAAGCAACACAUCAGCGAGGACGCACUAUCGCGAAUUUCCAUGGGCCAGCUCCACAGUUGCUCUGCUUGCCAAGAUCUCGAUGUUAGUGCUUUGUCGAUGACCACUUUGGCGGUGAACUGGGCUAACCUACGAGCCAACGAUCCAGACGUCGGUCUCAUCUACGACUGAUUCGUGCGGGGUUCCAUCAAACCGUCAAAAAAUCAGAUGACAAGAGAAAGCUGUGAAGCCCAAGCCCUAUGGGCCACCUGGCAAAACCUUCUUAUGAGAGAUCGAGUGCUUUUCUUCCAGUAUGACCCCCAAUCCCUGACCAGCCUCGUCCUCCCUCCGUCUCAUACACGCAAUGGCUAAUGGGAGUUACACCACCAGCUGGGUCACGCCGGACAAUGCAAACUGGAAAAAGUGGCGAGACUUCGUUUCUGGUCACCUAGUCUUCGUCAAGAUGUGACACUAAUAUGCCAAGAGUGUGAAGUCUGCGCGCGAUUUAAACGUCCCACGCACAAUCGCAGAGCACCUUAGCAACUGAUUUCCACCGGCUACUCGAAUCAGCGCCUUGGAGUCGACAUCGUGGCCCCCUUCCCACAAUCACGGAAGGGUAAUCGAUACCUUUUGGUGAUAGCCGACUUUUUUACCAAAUGGGCGGAAGCAGUCCCCCUGCCUGACCAAACAAUGGCUAAGGUCACGGACGCUAUUAUGUGUACGUGGAUUGUCCGUUUCGGGGUGCCAAGUGUUAUUCCAUCCGGCCAAGGUUCCAAUUUCGAAAGCCACUUAGUAUAUAAACUGUGUAGCCGACUAGGCAUACAGAAAACAAGGUCCACAGCAUAUCACCAACAAGGCAAUGGACAGACGGAAAGAACCAACAAAUCUAUUUUGUCCCUAUUACGAACUUUCAUAGAUUCAGCCAACAACCACAUCUGAGACAACCUUAUCCCCCAUUGUCAACUAUCCUACCUCAGUGCAAUGCACAAGUCGACAGGCUUCACUCCCGCUAUGUUGACUUACGGCCGGGUAUUUCAACUCCCUUUGGACAAAGACACGGUUCACCGUUCCAACCAGGCGAUGUGGUGUGGCUUCACAGGGAAAAUCCUCCACCUGGACAACCUAGUAAAUUCCAUAAUCCGUGGUCGGGCCCGUUCUCCGUCGCCCAGCGUUUACCAAACAAUGUUUAUCGAAUACGCGAGGCUGACAACCCGAACACUCACAUCGUCCACUUUAACAAGUUAAAGGCUGGUCACUCCCUCGAACUUCCUGAUCCACCUAUCAUAAUCCCUAGCUGGCCGAAUCAUCGGAGUUCCUCCUUCCAGACACUGAGGACAGUGGCUUUUCGGAGAGGGAGGCUUUGUCACACAUGCCAAACUUCAGGUGUACUUUGUUUAUACGUUCCUGGUAACAUUUUAUUUCUUGUUUUCAUUAUUUAGGUCUGCCCAAUUGACAAUAACUUCGGUAGGAGUCUGGUCUGUAUUUCAAUUUCGUCAAUCCGCACUUCGUGUGUGCUUUAUUAUCAAUACUAAAUGAAUAAUCGUCACCGGUCUCCGCGUAAUACGUCAUCGUGUAUGGUUUGAACUGUCUGUCUCCAUCUCACUUGGAAUAUUACAUCUUCAAGGGCACUGUCUAUUACCAUCCAACAUAGUGAACUAAACUGAAGUGCCGAACAUAAUUGGGGUUAAGGUGGUACUGUUGUGUCUAUAAACAUUACGCGGCGGUGAGGAGUGUUGACCAAAAUCCAGGUGCCACAAGUCUCCCCCAAUUAUAAUGGAAUUCCCUCACAUCUUGCUUGUUGUGGCUAAUACGAAUCAAUCAUGGGAGCUCUGGGCACAGUCCCGUUUCCUUCCAAUCCGAAUAGCCAGUGUAAGCUUACAUAGUGUCUGCCUAUGUUCUUUGGGAAAAAGAUUAAAAUGUGCAUGUUACUAGCGUGGUAUGGAUUUUAGCCCCUUGACACACUUUGUCGCCUUUCUUUGAACUCUUUUACUAACAAAGAGAACAUCAGCUUGCAUUGAUAGGUCAUCUACCGGACCAUUCACAUAGGUGGCUAAUUCCUUCCUGCGGAGUUAGGUUAUUGUUUGUCCGUUUGAUAGAUUGUCCCAUCCUGCUAUGCAUUGGCAAAGCAAAGUAAUGAAGUCCCGAGACUUGAAUCGUUAAGUUCCCCGCCAACAACUGGCACCACCUUUUGAGGGUUUUUUUCUCCUGUUAAAUUACAACAAUCAUUUUUAAAUUUUACUUUGGAGUUUUUUUUCACCCCUCGUUUUUCAUUUUCAUUUUGCUUAACGGACAUCCAAUCUCAAAAACUAUGUAUUGCACUUUGUAAAGAUUUUGCCUACCUCGUCUAAAAUUCGCAUGUAAAUUUAUUUUUACUUGCUUUGAUGGGACCCCGACGGGUCUUUAAUAAAAAUAAUUGAAUUGAAUUUAAUUAAUUUCAUCGUACUUAUGCACGCAGAAUGUACUGAGCCUUAAGCGAUAAUAGAAUUAACCAUUAAGCCCUAGGAAAUGUUGAAUAGUUAACCAAAUGCGUUUAAAAACGGAAUAAUAAGGAUGGAAAAAAAGAGGAAAGAAUGAAAAUCUGGUAGAAAAAACUCACAAUAAGGAAACAUGGCAGAAAACAAACAACUUUCGCUUCUUAAGUAGUGCUAUAUAGUCACCAAUGUGCGCGAAGCAGGGAGAUAUCAUGUCUUGAUAACUACUGCUAUCCCUAGUUUACAAAGUCCUUGAAUGAAUAUUGCCAAGACUAAAGCUAUUAUGUGCCUCAGCGAAUGUAAAGGUCGGUACAAAACUGCCCGAUCAAAAGCAUAGUCUGCGGUACGGCUCAGAAUUUUAAAUUAGUCUACAAACGUUAACAGCAUUCUGAUUACUACGUCUCGCAGUCCUGUACUUUAACCACGUAGGGACACUUCUGCAGCAUGGGCUUAUAUUUGACACAACGGAAGGAGCAAAGGAAUACAUUUGAUGGACAACCCAGUCGACGAUGCAGGUCGAAAGGUCAAGAACGCAACCAGUCGAUUGGAGGGUAUUUCCAGCCAAUGCGUACCUACGAAGCUUUUUUUUGAGCGACCCACAGUGAACCGCGCCAACUACUUGGCCAAGAUCCAUGAAGACAGUCUCAACGUAUCCUGUGCAAUCGAGCCUAGUGAACAGGACUCUUGCGUGAUGGGGAGGCUAAUAAGCCUGUGUUAGUCAUGGAUAAUACAUAAACAUUCGCAGAGUAUCGUCGGCACGAUUAAGUACAUCAUUCCGUCAGGGCAUCACAGACGUUAGUUCUCAGCUAGCCAGCCAGCCAGGCAUAGAUCACAAGAAAAGGGGAGUUAGGACACUAACCCGGCCAGUUAGGGAACCGACUAUUCUAAAAGUGGACGUAUGUAAAAUUAGGUCAGGUAGUGUUCCGAGGAUUAAGAGUACAGUGUUCAGUCUUCGGGCCCACCUAAUUACCCGUUUGGUGAAUGAGACUCAGCGACCGUAAGUUAACUUACCAGGCUUCCCCCUGGAAGAGUACACAAGAGUUUCGCCAUAUAUGCAGAGAACCUGAAAAAAAACUUGCUGUAACAAAUUUGGUGGACUUUUAGCGGACAGCCAUCCUGACCGGUGUGGCGCGAUUGCUCAAGACCCCGCAGCCCCUAGGUCACUCACCUUUUGCAGUGGGCCGUUCCAGACGCUCUGACCUGGAAUCACAUGACCAAAAGCUCGGGCAUACCUGCGUCCGCACAGAGUCGCAGCUGUCCAUGUGCUACUUGGAUGUGCCACCCCCUGCAACCAACAACAUGAGCCACAGGGGCACCAACGCCCGCCAAAUACAAGACACACCUACUGGAUACCAUUUGAGCUUAGCCCUCGAGCCUACAAAAGUAGUCGUAACCACUGUCCUAGGGACUUUCAGGCAUGACUGGACGCAGUCAACACCAGCCCUGGCUUCACCAGUGGCCACUGCCGCCUGAGAGGACAACUGAGUGUUCGGUAUGCAUUAAACCCCUUAUUCUAGUCCAUUUAGUCUUUUCCUUACAAUAUGAGAUCUGACCUGGCAGUAGUAGCACACAGGCUCCACACGCUCACCGCUGUGCAGCUACAGAAUCCUGGUCCGUUUCUGAGCAUUUUUUAGAGCACAGUUAUGUUAAGCUGUUUCUUGCCAGUUCCCAAAUUAUGCACAUCUUAUACAGUAAGACAGCAUUGAGGAAAAAUUAAUUGAACUUAAAGUCCUAGCUUGAAUUUGAUGUUAUCAUUAUGUUAGCGACAUUCGGUCCAAGCUCAGGAUAUCCAUGACUUCGACUAGAUAAAACUGAAACGCCUAUUUUGUUUAAAUGGACGCCACUUUUGAUCCCCCUGGACCGCAGCGCUCGCCUAGGUCAUGUACCUCUGUCAUUUUUACGUGACCGGACGGGGGAUGUAAAUACGUCCUUUUGUAGCCAAAAAUCGGGUAAAAAUGUCGGUAAACUGAAAAAAAUUAGGUUUGAAUCCCACCUUCAUUCAUACAUCCGAGUAGUCAAGAGUCUCUAUGA